ACACUUGUUUGAGAUUUGACAAUUCCCUAACCUAGGAAUACAAACCGGUUGGCUUGAGAGUUGAGUUUUUAGUGCAAAUAAGUUCAAAACAUGGCUGGGGCUUCGAAAAAGUCGCGAAAGGUCGCGAAACCCGCCUCUGAUGAGGAAUAUCAAAGUGACGAGUCCGGGAGUUACCAUGGCCAACAAGAAAUCCAAGCGACUUUUGAAGGCCGAAACCCCGAAGGCCAAGAUUUUCACGGCAUUAAACAGUUACUGAAUCAGUUAUUUUUAACUGCACAUGUUGAUUUGGGCCAAAUGAGUGACAUGCUUAUUUCUCAGGCUGGAAUUGGAUCUGUUUUGAAGCAAAGUUUUAACGAUAGCGACGACGAGGAAGAUAUUGAGAUGGUGGAGGAGUCUGAUGUGUUUGGUAUCACCAGUGUUAUCAAUCUAACGCAACACAAGGAGACACCAUGUGUUCAACAACUGUACAAGUUAGUUGAUGAUGAGGUUACGAAACAGGCGGAUCCUGAAGCUAAAUCGUUAUUUAAAGAAAUUGUGGGAAACAAUUCAAACAAAAUUGGUUUUAUUAUCAAUGAGCGGUUUGUUAACAUACCAUCAAAAAUCUCCCUUCCUAUGCUACACGCAUUACAAGAUGAAAUACACAGAAUGGGGAAGAAGAAUGACGGCUAUAAGUUUGAUUACUAUUUAAUGAUUUGUAAAAACUGGAAGUCCAAAAGCGACGGUAGUGAAAUCGUCUUCUCAAAUGAUGAAGAAGAAAUCUUCUGGAAGAAAGCUGACUGUAGGUUUGAAUACAGUGUGGCCGGAAAAAGUGACACAGGACUGACGGGGAAUUGGCAAAGUGAAGAUAAAGAGUUGAUUCCACACAGAGUAAUCAUUUUGUUUAAAGCGGACAAACUUCCAAGUAUUAUAAGCGAAAUACAAAAUUUUGUGUCAAACUAGGCUAAGAAUAAUUUUUUUUAAAAGCAAA